AACUCUCUCUCCCGGCCCUCUGGGGAUUGGAAAGAGAGCAAAAACUAAUCCAAGUGGACAACAAAAAACAACCCAACCCCUAUCUUUCUUUCCCACUCUUUUUCUCUUUUCUAAGAAAUGUAUAUAAUACACAUAUAUAUAUAAACUCUCGUGUUCUUUGUGGAAGCAACCCUAACUUUCCCAAGAAGAACAGAGAGAAAAAUUGACAAAGAAAAUGCCUUCAUCACUUCAAUUCCACAGAAUUAACCCUGCUAUUCCCACCACCACAACAACCACCUCUAAACCCUCCCAAUCCUCAAGUCUCAGGUUUCAAGUCACUCCGUUAUCUUUCAGUGUUUCGGCACCUGAGCCUAUAUUGCAGCGUCACUUUCACAUGGUCGAGUCAAAUCAAUGUUGUUCUGCGGUGGUGCAGACCAUAAACGCGCCAGUCUCGAUGGUAUGGUCCGUUGUCCGCCGCUUUGACAACCCUCAGGCGUACAAGCACUUUGUCAAGAGCUGCCACGUCAUAGAUGGCGAUGGCGACGUAGGCACGCUCCGUGAGGUCCACGUGGUGUCGGGACUCCCCGCCGAGUCAAGCACGGAGCGGCUCGAGAUCCUCGACGAUGAGCGCCACGUCAUCAGCUUCAGCAUCAUCGGCGGUGAUCACCGGCUCAACAAUUACCGGUCGGUCAUGACCCUUCACGCGACCGGAACUGGGACCGGGACAGUGGUGGUCGAGUCCUACGUUGUGGAUGUGCCUUCGGGUAAUACUAAGGAAGAGACGUGUGUGUUUGUGGAUACAAUAGUACGUUGUAAUUUGCAGUCUUUGGCUCAGAUCGCUGAGAAUAUGGCUACAAAGUAGCAGGAAAAAUCAUGUUGCAUGGUGAUUAUUCUUAAAUUGCUUCUUUCUUUCUUUCUUUCUACAAUUUUUUUUUGGAUAUGGGUUUGGAUUGGGUUAUCAUAUAUCAUUGAGACCCAUAUAUGUAUUCAUGUAAAUGUUAAUUAGUCAUUGUUUUCCUUUACCUACAUUAGCUUAUACACAAUAGUCAUAGUGUAUUUUUAUGUUUUAUUUAUGCUAUAUGAUCAGUGUGUCUCUUUGGGGACUU